AUGAGCCGCUGGAAAGUGAGGGGUGAAUCCCGGGUUCAAGACAUACUAGAGGGGGGCAAAAUUAAGCAAUUCCCCAUCCUGCAAAGGGAGCUACAGCUGCCAGCGAGGGAUAUAUUUCUAUACCUUCGAAUAAAAAAUAUAGUGCACUCACACAUCCAACUAUGCACCACCCACUCCUCCAAACCCCACCUAACGCUUAAACAGGCACUCUUCCACAAGCAAAUCAAACCACUAUCAGCAUGCUACAACGCGCUAGUCACUUCGGUGGCCCCCGAUAAACCUACAUAUAUGAAUCUGUGGGAGGAGGACAUAGGACUCCAAAUUUCCAAGACAGAGUGGCUGAUGGCUCUGGAAACCACGAAAAAAGCAUCGCAAAGCCUCACACUCUGGGAAGCAUAUUGCAAGGUACUAAUGAGGUGGUACUUGGUACCACACAGGCUGGCACGCAUGUACCCGGGCACGUCCGGGAAAUGUUGGAGAUGCAACACAGAAGAGGGAACCAUAUUCCAUAUUUUCUGGGCGUGCCCCCUACUGACUGAUUACUGGGGGAAAAUCCAUUCGCUCCUACUAGGCAGGACAGGUAUCACUCUCCCCAGGAAGCCGGUACACUACAUACUUCACAUAGCACUCGGUAUGGCCACUCAUCCACAUAGGAAAGUAGUGCUAAACAUUCUAACGGUAGCGAAAAUUGUGCUGGCUGGCAACUGGAAGAGCAACAAAAUCCCAGCAGCAGAUGCCAUAACACAAAAAAUGGAUACGAUUAGCGCAUAUGAAAAAAUGUCCAGUAGAGUAAACGGUUGCAGUGAGAGAUACGAAAGGGAAUGGAGUAUCUGGCCAGCGGGGUGAUAGGCAGUAGAAUGGGAGCCGCAGUACUGCGAUGCCUAAACUAUCAUAGGGCAAAGGAUUAGACAGGAGCAGUGACAAGAUUACACAUGGUUAUACAGGGCUCAAUCAACAUAUGUAUAGAGUGUUGUCUAGGGCACCCCCAACCUUUCUUUCUGUAUCCCCCCACCCCCAGUUUAAAGUUAUAAAACUAAAUGAAACAUGGACAGCUUGUCAGACGCGCAUUACAGGCAGCACUCCUACCCACACCGAACCAACACAAAAAGGACACGAGUCGCACCACAAUCAGAAAAGUCCAAAGUGA